CCCUGGUCCUAAAGUUAGAGCAGUAGUGUGAGGGGAGCAGUCGCAGAGGUGAGGAGUGUUCAGCGGAGAGAGCGGAGUGCAGAGUGAUAAAAGAGUGAUAGAGGGAAGAUUAAACGGGGGAUUGGAGUGAUCAUCACUCGCGCGGCAGUGUGUGUGUGUGUGUGUUUGAUCAGAUCAUGAAGAAUAUGACUUUCAGGCGGAUCAAGAAGCUGAACUCCAGCGAGCCGGACGGAGGCUCCUGCCCGGGCAGUGGAGAUAUCUACUUCUCCUCCUCCAAAUCAGACAGCUGCAGGAACAUGGAGAGACCAGCCAGCUCCUCAGACAUCUACAACUACAAGACCCUCGCUUACUCUGGAGGAACCCUGCCCAGGAACUUCAAAAAGAAUGGUGGUCUACAGAAGUGGAAGCCCCUCACGCUGCCUCCAGAACCAGAACGAAAGGUGGUGGUCCUGGAGAAGAAGGAGGACGAAUCGUUUGGCUUUGAGAUUCAGACGUACGGGCUGCACCACCAGGAUGAGAACUCUGUGGAGAUGUGCACCUUCGUCUGCAGAGUUCACGAGGACAGUCCCGCCAAGACGGCCGGUCUUAAAGUCGGAGACACCAUCGCCAGCGUUAAUGAUGCAUCAGUUGAAGGGUUUCGACACAAAGACAUCGUCCAGCUCAUCAGAUCGUCCGGCAACACCAUUAGGUUAGAAACUGUAUACAGUGAUACUAUAAGGAAAGCAGAACUUGAGGCGCGCCUACAGUAUUUAAAGCAAACGCUGCACGAGAAGUGGGACGAGUACAGAUCCCUGAUGGUGCAGGAACAGAGACUGGUUCACGGUAUCGUGAUGAGUGACACAGCAGUGUACGAGUCUCUAGAGUCGGCCGGUGUGUACGGCAGCCUGGGCGCUCCAAGCCCCGUGGUGAUGCGAGCCCUCCGCUGCACGGGAACAGGCAGCACCAACAGCAGCAUCAGCCACCUCAGCUCGGUCGCCGGCGACGACGACCCGCUCUACCAGACCUGCAUCUACCAGGGAGAAAACGGCACCGCCUCCAAAGACCCCAGCGACACGUCCAGCAACCCCGGGGAGGCAUCAGAGAACAGGCUGCAGUCGGGGCGCCAUCGGCUUCUCCGGCCCGCCAGCGAGCUGUUCGCCUCGGCCAAAACCUCGCUGACCCGCAGCGCCAGCACGCGGAGCUACAUGAGGGGCUCGUCUUCAGCACCCGGCGCAGGAGAGAAGCAGCAGUGUGGAGGCUUCAGCUCGCUGCAGAGGAAGCCCAAACAAAAGAGCUUCAGACGGAGGCUGCUGAAGUACAUCCCCGGCUUAAACCGACCGCUGGAGGAAGAGGAGAGCAAACUGUGAGACACUCAGGGACAUAAACUCCAACAUACAGCCAAAGACUGCAGGCUCAACACCAGAAACAUGCAUUCAACACAUUCACACACUCAAAUACCUUCUGGCAGCUUGGACGGACCAAAUGUGGACACCAGGACAACCCGAAGAAUGCAGCCAUUCAGCAGAUUCAGACACAGGUCAAACAGACACCCUGCUACAGAAACAGUUGUUACUGUGGAACUCUUUUGGAAGCUGGGAAUGCUUUGGUGUCUUUACUACUUCUAGGAAUGCCAUCUGUUUAUCCAACAAAUCAGAAAGAAAACGGAAUUCUUGGGUUAGUUCACAUUGCUUGUUUUUUUUUCUACAAUCUGCAAGAUUCAAAGCAAUUGUCAAUUAACAUUUAUGUCGAAAAUAAUAAUACUAAUUCUUAUAGAAUAAACACACCAACUUUAGGAGUAAAAUAACAAGAUUUUUAAACUAACUAAGAACAUAAAUUCUUUCUACCAGAGCACUUUGUGUUUGGCUGAAUAAUUUAGACUGAACAGUGACAUUUUCUUUGAAAUGCAAGACAAAUAUACACUUAAGCAAUAUGGACAAAAAAAUGACAAAAUACAGAAAAAAUGCUAAAUCUGUAUUUGGAAUUCGGAAGCUGGCAGUGCUUUGGGUGUGUAGCUUCACCCAAACUGCUUUAAGGGUUAUUAUAAUUAACAACCACUUUUUUUUUUUUUUUUUACCAUUUUAUGCUGGUCAGUUUAAUUUCAGCUCUUAAGUUCUUGAGUUAGUUUACUCAGUUUUGAUCAUUUGUAAGAUCCAAAUCUGUUUAUAACAUUUAUGCAGGUAACAAUACUAAUGAUAAACAACAUCCUAAAUCAACAGAGAAUUUAAAAGCUAAAACAAUCAUAAAUGUGUCCAAAGACAAGGAAUGCACCAAAUAUUUAGCAUUGGAAAAAAUUUAGUUGAACGUAAAUUUAUCAUUUGAAUGUUGUUCUAAAUGAGCAACAAAUAAUUUAUAUUGUAAAAAACAAGAAUACUACAUUAAUGCAAUAAACAAUAGUGUUGGGUCUUUAAUAUUUGGCCUUUGUCUAAAUGAACCCUUCCAACAAAUAACCAUAUACAAAUUUUCUUUAAUAGUGUGAAGUAUUUUAUUUUAAGGGCCUUCAUAAAUGAAGAAAAUCUAAAUAAAUCAAUUUUUGUUUUUUUACUGUAAAAAAAGUUGUCCUUUUUUUUUUUUCUUCAGAAGGGCUUGAAUGUUUCAUUUGUCAGUUUACAUUUUUAGCCAAAAGCUUUUAUUUCAGUGCAUCCUCAGUCCAGAUAUUUCUGCCACACUUUUCCACGCUCUGUUACAGGGCGCGCAGGGCUUCCCGGCGUAAGCCCUGCGCGCACUCAACAUUUGUACAGAACUUUUGUUUCUAUAACGUUGUUUUAAGUUAUUUAUUUAUUUUGUUUCUUAGUGAAGGACUUUUCUUUUGUAAUUUUUUAGAGUCUCCAGCCUCAUUUAGUUGAUGAGGAAAUUUCAGAAGUGCCUACUUUUGGCUGAUGGUUGUUUUUCAUCAGUGUCUUUUUUUUUUUUUUUUUUUUUUAUACUUUGAAAAUGAUGCCAAAAGAAAACUGUAAAAUAAAUGUGUGUUAUUAUCA